AAGGGGCGUGGCUUAAUUUUCUCCUGCAAACAAGCGGGAGAGCUGAGGGGAGGAGCGGUCAGUUUCUCACACCUGUGAGGUGAGAGCGCAGGGGAGGAGCGGUCACUGUUUCUCACACCUGUGAGGGGAGAUCAGAGGGGAGGAGCGGUCACUGUUUCUUACACCUGUGAGGGGAGAUCAGAGGGGAGGAGCGGUCACUGUUUCUCACACCUGUGAGGUGAGAGCGCAGGGGAGGAGCGGUCACUGUUUCUCACACCUGUGAGGGGAGAUCAGAGGGGAGGAGCGAUCACUGUUUCUCACGCCUGCGAGGGGAGAUCAGAGGGGAGGAGCGGUCACUGUUUCUCACACCUGUGAGGGGAGAUCAGAGGGGAGGAGAGGUCCCUGUUUCUCACACCUGUGAGGGGAGAUCAGAGGGGAGGAGCGGUCACUGUUUCUUACACCUGUGAGGGGAGAUCAGAGGGGAGGAGCGGUCACUGUUUCUCACACCUGUGAGGGGAGAUCAGAGGGGAGGAGCGGUCACUGUUUCUCACACCUGUGAGGGGAGAUCAGAGGGGAGGAGUGGUCCCUGUUUCUCACACCUGUGAGGUGAGAACGCAGGGGAGGAGCGGUCACUGUUUCUCACACCUGUGAGCGGAGAUCAGAGGGGAGGAGCAGUCCCUGUUUCUCACAUCUGUGCACCUGUGAGGUCAGAGCGGAGGGGAGGAGCGGUCCGAGUUUCUCACAGGUUCGGAAAUCUCACAUCACACCGGUAAACCGCCGUCCCCAAGAUGGGAAGCAGAGAAGGACCAUUGAAGUGGCUGUGCGGCUGGUGCAGCCGCGGUUUCUCCUGCUUGAAAUGCGACUGCGGCUCUGCAUGCUCUAAGUGUAACUGUUGCAGAUGCAAAUGCGACUGUGUGCCCCUGCUGUGCCCCCCGCCAGAAGAACAACUAAAAGUGGAUGAAGUCAGCGCCGAUGACUAUAUGGUCGCCAAUCGGUUCGUGAAGACCAAAAUCAGGAAGGACACACCACUGAAGGCCUUACUGCGGAGCUUUGGAGGGCUCUGCGUGGGCAUUCUCCUCACUAUGGCCUAUGCGUUUAUUGUGCUUUUUAUCAAAAACUACAACCUAUGGUUCUGCCUCAUCACCACCCUGGCCAUCGCAUCCUUCCUGAGUCUCGGCAUGGCGUUUUCUAGGAAAGUCAGGAUUACUAUUCUGCUCAUGUUACUGGAGAUAUUCUCAAGUGAGGUAAAGACCAUCAUCCUUUUUCUCGCCUUUGCCAUGAUCGUGCAAGGGCCGACCGCCAACAUAAUAGAAAACGGAAAACGGUCGACGGAGUCAAUGGCGUGUGGGGCCCAACUGGUUCUAAAUGAAACCAAAGAAAUGUCAUCAAUGGUCACCAAUCCCAUAUUGAGUGCUCUGAAGAGCCUAGAGAAGAUUGGGAGUAGUAUCCGCUCGGGAUCUGAAGGAAUCAUUAAUUUCUUUAAAAAUAUGAUAAAGCGCGCUAAAGAUGUUGGAGGCACACUACGUCGCAUGUGGUCGUUCAUCGCUAGAAUUGGCGAUGUCUGUAACGAAGAGCUGGAACGCCCGUACCACCGCUGCAACAAAUUGUUUGAUGAAGCCAAAAACAAUUGCUUCAAGGUCAUGUCCUUCAUGGGCUUCCUGUGCUACAUCCUGGAUGCGUUUAAGCCUCUGUGCGGUCUGGCGAAAAUUGUGGUCCUCAUCUGUGUCAUUCCUGACUACGUUCAAGCCUUUGUGAGGAAACGCAUAAAAAAUCCCAUUGUAGACGCAGCCAUGAACUUCAAGGCGGAGUUCGACUUUAACAUCACAAUCCUGGACGAUGAGACGGAGAGAAACAUCACCAUCAACAUCUUCGAAGUGGCCAGCGACAUCAUGAAAGAUUUCAGGGAAGAUGCCCAGUUUUACAUGGAAAUUUUCCACAUGUUCAGCUAUUCGAUGUUUUUCCUCUGCGUCUAUACCUACGUACAGGCCCUCCGCUACCGCAGAAGCUACCUGACCGACCUCAACCAUGACAACAUCUACAUCACCCGGGAAUUCAUCGAGCUGGAUGUCAUGAGAGCCAAACAAGGGCGACAAACUCUGCUCCCUCUCUCCUCUGGAGAGGGCUACGAUUUUAUCCGACCUGCCUCACUGUCACUGACUAAAAAAGAAAAGAAAGGCUACGUCUUUGCAAUCCUUAAUGUCGUCAGGAGCCUCCUCCUUGCGCUCUUGAUUAUUUUUGUGGAUUACUACUUCUUCUGCCUGCUGGAUUAUGUUGACCAUCUAAUGAAAGAAAAAAUUGUCAUUCGUGAACCCAAUGUACUUUCAUUGCUCGUAAACGGGACAGGAGAAGCCGAGGAGAUUUACGUCACCCUGGUCUCUGCAUUCGAUGCUCUGAAAAAAUCCAACAUUAUCGACUAUACCAAGAAAUGCCAAGUCAUACCUAGCAAACCUGACUUCCUGGAGUAUGGUAUUAUCGGGUUCAUUCACGGACUUGCCCUUGUAAUAGCCGUCAUUGGGAUUUAUGUGCAGAGGCUAAGACGAUAUAUAUGUGCCUCUUACUACCCGACCCGUGAGCAGGAACGGAUCUGUUUCCUCUACAACCAGUUUCUGACCAAGCGAACUCACCUGGAGAAGGUGCUAUAUCAGAGUAUACGGUUCAACAAAGCAGACAAGGGUCACAACAACAUCCUGCUAAUACUCGCUGCCAAGUGCCCAUUUUUAUUUGGCUGGUUAGCAAAAUUUCUAGUCGCCAAAGAAGAUUAUUGUAUAGGAUGCGCCCAAGCGAUUACUAGUAAAAACUCUAAAGACUACUACGAAUGUAGCACCUUUGGAUGCAAAGGAAAAUACUGUGGAGGUUGCUCCAGGAUACUAAAUAAUACCUGCACCCUCUGUAAGGCGCCCCUAGUGUACAGUGAGAGCGACAGCGAAGAAAUAGACUCCAGCGAUGACGAACAAAUCGCUUUAUGGCUAGAAGGGCUGAAAUCCAUAGAAAAGGGUGAGAAGACUAAACGGAAGAAAAUGAAAAAAGUCAUCAAAGGUCAUCUUAAAGAAGGGAUCAAGAGAGGAAGAAGGAACGAGGAGCUCAUCCAAAAAUAUAAGGAGUCUAGGAUGUCCAGCGACUCAGAAGACACAUCCGCACUAAGUGACGUGGACACCGGCGAUGAUUCUGAGGACUACGACUUUAAAUACCAAUCGUCAAAGGUGACGGAUGAAUUCUACCAGGGCUGGCGUUCAACUCUCAGCAAACUAGAGGAUGAUGUCCUUUUUCUUACUGACGACGACAUCCAAGACACGACUGGAGGUGGCACAAGGAACAGGGAGGUGCGGGAUGUGGAGAGGAAUCUUAUUCAUAAAUAAGCCUUGUUUUCCCACAUUCCCCUCCCCUCAUAACCCUGCCAUUCUCUUUCCUACCUGAUCUAUUUACCGGACUUGACCCUAACUGGAUUGGAUAUUAUCUACCUAUCUUACAGACCAGACCUGUUCUAGGCAUGUGGUGCAGGACUUAAAAAAUAAACAUAUAAAAAAAAAAGCAUUAAGGUUUAACCUUGAGUC